CCAUAAAAAUUCAACAAACUCCACAAAUCAAUCGAUCAUACAAAUCAAAACCCCUAAUUUAUCACAAAAUCAUGAAUUCUACACAAAUUAUUCAACAAAUUGGGCAAAAUCAUACUUCCUCUGCUUCUAAAUCAUGAUAAUUAAAUAGUUAAAUAAAUUAAUCAAACAUUAUCAGUUGCCAAACACUUUUCAAUCACGAUAAACUUCACAGACCACCAUCACCGUCGAUCCUGCUGCCCUAAUCUCAACUACCCCUCGACACUCGUUGCCGUCGCCACAUCUAGACCACCGUCGUUGCUGCCAUCCCCAUCUAAACCACCACCGUACCCGCCCUCUUCUAAACCACCCCCGCUGCUACUCGACUCUCUUCUAAAUUAAACAACCACCCCACUGCCAUCAUCCAAACCACCACCACCACUGUACCACCCAUAUUUAUUCCUUAAAAAAUGGCUUGAAUUUUUGAGAUCUGAAGAAAGAAAAUCAAGAAAUCCCCACCCUAACCCUAAACCCGCCUAAGCCUACAACCACCACAAACCCAGCCUAAGCCACGCACCACCACCAGCACCACACGCACCACCACCAGCACCAUCACACAGCCACACCCACCACACGCACCACAAGCACCAUCACUACCCAAAAAAUUAAAAAAAAAUUCCUCAACGUACCUUAUGAAAUUUUCAACGUUUGGUUUAUAUGGUUAAAUUCGACCAUGAAAACCUCAGAUCUGGAAUUUUCAUGGUCGAAUUCGACCUAAAAAACCAUUAAUUGAUAGCGCCCGAAUCCAAUCAAAAGCCCUGGGGGUGGGUGGCGCUGGACUUCAAAAACCAAGGACAGAGAAUGAGAAGGGAGGGGGGAGGCGGAUAUGAUAGAGAAAGUGGGAGGAGGGACGAGGGAGGCGGAGAUCAGAGAGAAGGAAACUGAGGAGAUGGAGAGGAGAGAGAAUGAGAAGAGGAGGCUGGGUUUAAAAACAUAUUAAAAGAUUAAUUUUUUAAUAAAUUCUUAAGAAAAAAAAAAUGAGUCAUGACAUGGUCCCUAAACUCUUGCUUAGUCAUCAAAGUCCUUCAACUUUUGGCUGACAAACACCAAAGAAGGUGGUUGAGGGACUAAAAGGGCACAAAUAGUUUUUGAUGGACUAAAAGUGAGCGUAAUACGAAAGUUCAGGGACCGUAUUUAGUCUUUACUCUUAUUUUUUUGGUAGGUGUAAUAUGACACAUUUACCGAGUAUUAGUUUGUCUGAAGAAAAAACAAAAAAAAAAUUGUCUGAAGAAGAUGGGUUUCAGAGCUGCUGCUGCUUCUGCUUCUGUAUCCUUCUCCCAUGGCGGUAUUUCUCUCUCUCCUUCUCAUUUCUUCAAGUUUCCCCCCUUUCAUUUUCAUUUUCAUUUUCAUUUUCAUUUCCUAAAUUGUUCCCAUCAUUACCCUAAUUAUGCUCAUACUUUUUAUAAUCGUGACUUGUUUCUUCAAUCUAUUACUGAACGAUCAAAAUUAGGGUUUCAAGACCUCAAAUCCCCCCUUUCACUCUUCAAUCAAAUGAUUAAUUUGCGCCCUCUUCCUUCUGUUGUGUAUUUCAAUCAACUAUUCACCGCCAUUUCCAAAUUGAAACGACUUGAACCUCAUUCCACCAUCAUCUCUCUCUUCAGGCAGCUUGAAUUGUAUGGUAUUAAACCCGAUAUGCAUUCCAUUGGUAUUCUUGCUAAUUGCUACUGUCAUUUGGGUAGAGUUGAUUUCGGAUUCUCUCUCCUUGCUAAAAGACUUAAGCUUGGUUAUCCUCUUAAUUCUGUCAUUUUUAAUACCUUAAUUAAUGGUUAUAUUCACUCUGAUAAGCUCCCCCAAGCUGCUCAUUUGUUGAAUCAAAUUCUCAAGCUUGGUUUCCAACCCAACUUAAUUACGUAUAGUACUAUUGUCAAAGGACUUUGUAGGAUUGGCGACAAUACGUCUGCUCUCACUUUGCUUAACAAAAUGCAAUCUCAGUCUCCUUUUAAGCCUGACAUUGUCUUAUACAACACUAUUAUCUAUAGUCUUUGUAAGGACAGGUUGUUACAACAGGCCCUAGACCUGUUCUCCUCUAUGAAAACCGAGGGCAUUAAACCCGAUGUUGUCACUUAUAAUUCCUUGAUUCGAGGCCUCUACAAUUCCGGCUGUGGGGAUGAGGCUCAGCGUGUGUUGACUGAGAUGUUAGAGAGCAACAUAUCACCUAAUGUUAUGACCUACAACAUGCUGGUUGACAUGUUUUGUAAAGAUGGUUGUGUUGAUCAAGCUCAGUCCAUUCUAAAGCACAUGAUUGAGAUAGGUGUGACUCCUGACAUCAUUACUUAUAAUGCAUUACUGGAUGGAUAUUGUUUGUGCGGUCAGAUGGAGGAUGCAGAGAACCUACUCGUUCUCAUGGAUGAAAAUGGUUGUGAGCCUAAUCUUGUCAGUUUCAGCACUAUGAUUAAUGGAUAUUGCAAGGCUAAAAACAUUGACAAGGCCCUUAACAUAUUCUAUGAAAUGUUUCGGAGAGGGAUAGCUCCUGAUGUUGUUUCCUAUAACACCCUUAUUGAUGGGCUGUGCAAAGCCAAUAGAAUCCCAAAUGCACGUAAAUUGUUCAAGGAAAUGCUAGCUGCCGGAGUUACUCCAAAUGUUGUCACCUAUGCCUCCUUGCUUGACAGCCUUUGCAAAAGUGCGCAACUUGAUGAGGCAGUGAAAUUGCUUGAAGAAAUGGAAGAUAAUGGUGUUAAGCCUGGAAUUUCCCUCUACAAUAUCCUGAUGAACAACUUGUGUGAGGCUGGACAACUUGAAGAUGCGGCAAAUUUCUUCUCCGAUCUCGUAUCAAAGGGUCUGCAACCUGAUAUCAUAACAUACAAUAUAUUGAUCAAAGGUUUCUGCAAGAAAGGGCUUAUGAGUGAAGUUCCUCAAGUGUUGAGGAUAAUGGAGGAAGAUGGUUGCCCCCCUAAUGAUCGAACCUAUACUACGAUCAUUAGAGGUUAUAUAAUCAAUAAUGACUUGUCAAAUGCUUUAUACUAUCGUGAUCUUAUGGUUGGAAAAGGAUUUGAAGCUGAUGCAGACACUUCCUCAUUGUUUGUUGGUCUAUUGUCUUCGAACAAGGACCUCACUCAUCGUUGUUAGACCUUCAGAAGAUUCUAUUAACACUUGAAGGGGAAUUGCACAUGAAUUGAAGUCUUUCUAUGGCCUUGUUUGGCGAGUGGCUGUUGGCGGUUGGCUGUUGGCUGGUUCACUUGGCUUGUUUGACCAGCUGGUAUGUUUGGCUGUUUAUAAUGGCUUUUGAAAUUGGCGGUUAAAACUGGCUGUUUAUAAAGGUGUUUGGUAAAUUAAUUGUUGGUAGUUGGCUGUUUAUUAGAUAAUUUGUGGGCCAACAAGCCAAAA